CGCAGUUUCCGCCCACUCCAACCUCAGCAGGAAGUGAGCGGAGUCCAGAGAAACUAAACUAUCAAAACAAACUAACAGCAUCGCUUCACUCCCCGCUCCCCUGCAGCUUACGGGUCCUGUUGCCACCAGCACCAUGGACGGUGUACCGACGCCUCUGCGGUGCUUCGAUGAAUGCCACCCCGCGGAAAUGUUCGUGGAUGACGGUGUGGAGACUGUGACUUCGGUGGAGCAGAAAAAAGUGGAGCGCAGCAUUGAAGAAGUCAUCAAUGUUUACAAGCAAAUACACAGCCUACCACAGCCGACAUUGUUGCGGGAACAGCACUACCUAUAUCUCAAGAAGGGCUUACGUCACUUAUCAGAUGCUUAUGAGUGUCUGGAUGCUAGCAGACCGUGGCUUUGCUUCUGGAUUCUUCACAGUCUGGAGCUACUAGAGGAGCACAUUCCCGCUACGGUCGCCUCAGAUGUGUGUCAGUUUCUGGCUCGCUGUCAGAGCCCAACAGGCGGUUUCGCCGGUGGACCAGCACAACAUGCUCACCUUGCACCUACCUAUGCUGCUGUCAACGCCCUCUGUAUCAUCGGCACAGAAGAGGCCUAUAAUGUUAUAGACAGGGAGAAGCUGUUAGAUUUCCUAAUGUCAGUGAAGCAGCCAGAUGGCUCGUUUGUGAUGCACAUCGGAGGGGAGGUGGAUGUCAGGAGUGCAUACUGUGCAGCGUCUGUAGCGUCGCUCACGAACAUCAUCACACCUAAACUGUUCGAGGACACGACCAACUGGAUCCUUAGCUGUCAGAACUGGGAGGGAGGUCUGAGCGGAGUGCCUGGUUUGGAGGCCCACGGUGGCUACACGUUCUGCGGCACGGCUGCCCUCGUCAUCCUGGGCAAAGAGCAUAUGCUGGAUCUGAAAGCGCUGCUGAGGUGGGUGGUCAGCAGACAGAUGCGGUUUGAAGGAGGCUUCCAGGGCCGCUGUAAUAAGCUGGUGGACGGCUGCUACUCUUUCUGGCAGGCUGGACUCCUGCCUCUACUCCACAGAGCCUUAUUCAAAGAAGGAGAGUCGGAGCUGAGUCGGCAGCGGUGGAUGUUCGAGCAGCAGGCCUUGCAGGAAUACAUCCUCCUGUGCUGUCAGAACCCAACAGGGGGCCUUCUGGAUAAGCCUGGCAAGUCCAGAGAUUUCUACCACACGUGUUACUGCCUGAGCGGCCUCUCCGUAGCGCAGCACUUUGGGAACAUGGACCUCCAUCACGAGAUGAUCCUUGGCAGGGAGGAGAACAGAUUGGCUCCAACUCAUCCAGUUUACAACAUCUGUCCAGAGAAGGUGGCUCAGGCCCUGCAGUUCUUUCACCGGCUGCCCGUCCCCGAUGACAACAGACAGCCAGGAGCCUCUGCUGACGACACACCGUCGGACUCCGCCACUGCCUCCGGACCAGACGACCAUCAGUCCUAGUUAGUCAUUGGUGGAGACGUCACUGUGUGUGUGAACCAGCCGACUCUGGGGAACGGGCUCGAACCAGCAAACAGCAGUCAGCAGUCUGAUGUAGACGAGCCCUAAAUAAAAAACGGUCGGAGGGUCGACCGUCGGUAGAAAUGAGGGCUGGAGUUUAGGAGGAGUUUGCCUGAAUAAAGGUCAACAGUUGUGUGUGGGCAGCUUAGCAUUCAGCUGAAUUUAUGCUUGCAAUGCCUCAUGUUUUCAUUCUCUGAAAUAAAAGGGAGACUUGGUAAGGUUUCAGUAUGAAUAAACUUUAUAUAGCAAUUUUCAUAA